GUGAAAUCGAGUCAGCCGCGACUCGAAUCCUGAAUCGCGAGCUCUUUGUGCCAGCGAUCACGUCGCUCGGCAGUUCGCACCCGGCAGUCCGAAUCAGAUUUGUAAGGUGACAUGUGCCAACACCUGCCCAAGAGUGUCAUUCCGCUCUAGUAGGGAAGGUCUACUUCGGCUUGUGGGCCGUCUCUUGCGUUCCUUGCUGCGCAUCUUUCCCAUCUGCGUCUGUGCUAGGUGGAGUAUAUAUGUGAAGAUUGGGAUCUUCGGGACGAUUCAGAAGCGACAGUAUUUGUACCUGCAGGAGCCGCAAUUGUUUUGAGAAAACGAAACAGAUCUUAUCUCCAAACAUCUGUCUGAUCAAGUCGAUCAACCAAUCCACGUACACGAUCUAGUUUCUUUCCUACAAGUGGCUAUGCGUGCCUCUAUCUUCUUUGCCUCGGUGCUCGCUGAGCUAGCCGUCGCCAUCCCAGGAACUCCUGUUCAACGUAGUCCCCAAGAAAUCACGGACGCUUUUUUUACCCAGCUGCCAAAUGGCUCGGUUGCUGCUGUUUACGAAAUCGACGGUACCCCAACAACAUCCGUCCUAAGCUUCGCCAAGAGGACGCCUCAGGUGAUUUCCGACGCGACAUUCGCUCAAUUAGCAGAUGGCUCGGUCGCUGCGGUAUACGACAUCAACGGCACGCCGACCACGUCAGUGCUUGGUUUUGCGAAAAGGACGCCGCAGGUCAUUUCGGACGCUACGUUCACUCAGCUGCCAGACGGCUCAGUAGCUGCGGUCUAUAAGAUCGAUGGCACGCCAACAACAUCGGUGCUUGGACACGCAAAGAGGACACCGCAGGUAAUCUCGGACGCGACGUUUACUCAGCUUCCUGACGGUUCUGUUGCGGCUGUAUACGAAAUCAACGGUACUCCGACGACAUCGAUCUUGGGGUUCAGAACGAAGCGAACACCGACGCCGGAGGUUUGAGAAGGCAUUUGGUUCUUACAGCAUGGGCUUAGGAUAUAUCGCGUAAAUCCGUUGACGCCGUCACAAGAUCGUAUAUGGGAUUGGACUUUCUCAAAAAAGGUAUGCCUGAAAAUCGUGGAAGAUAUGAGCGAAUGAUGAUACCCUUCUACACUGUCAGUAUGGAUCGUACAGAACCAGCCAAGCGGAUUGAUGCUAUGAUGUAUAUACACAUAUUCAAUAUAUUACGAACUGAAUGAGAACGCAUAUGUCCUACUUUCGUCAUUCAAACGCUGAG